AUGGAAGAUCAAAAUCUAGAAAAUCGCAGCGAUGGUGAAUCGAAGGAAUAUUCUGCUGAAGAUCACGAUCUCGACGCUGUGGAAGAGAGUGAGGACUCUGUUACAAGUGGAAGAAGCCAACAAGUUUCUCCUAACGGUGGACCAACACUACCAAUUCUUCAGAAAAUUAUUGAUUUGAGUAGCAAAAUCAAGGUCUUGAAGGAUGAGCAUGCUUUGGUAUCCAACCAAGUGAAAGAAAUGAAUAUUUGUUCCUUUGUAGAACCGGAAAUGUCACAGGCUCUUCAGCUUCUGACUACUGAGCUUGGAACUCUGAAAAAGCAGUACCUGGAAGAGUCAUCAGAGAGGAAGCGGUUAUAUAAUGAAAAUAUUGAACUCAAGGGGAAUAUCAGAGUCUUUUGCAGAUGCAGGCCUCUAAACCAAGCUGAUCUAGCAAAUGGAUGUGCUUCUGUGGUUGAGUUUGAUGGGUCCCAUGAAAACGAGCUUCAACUACUUUCAACCGAUUCUUCCAAAAAGCAUUUUAAGUUUGACCAUGUAUUCAAGCCUGAGGAUGGGCAAGAGACUGUUUUUGGACAGACAAAACCUAUAGUUACUUCUGUGCUGGAUGGUUACAAUGUCUGCAUUUUCGCCUAUGGCCAAACUGGAACUGGGAAGACAUUUACCAUGGAGGGAACACCAGAAAAUAGAGGAGUAAACUACAGGACAUUAGAAGAACUGUUUCGCUCUUCAGAAAGUAGAAGUCGUCUCAUGAAAUUUGAGCUAACUGUUAGCAUGUUGGAGGUUUACAAUGAGAAGAUAAGGGACCUCUUAGUUGAUAACUCAAGCCAACCUCCUAAAAAGUUGGAAGUUAAGCAAUCAGCAGAAGGAGCUCAAGAAGUCCCUGGAUUAGUCGAAGCCCAAGUUUUCAACACGGACGAAGUGUGGGAUCUUCUCAAGAGAGGCUAUUGCGUUAGAUCAGUGGGAUCAACAGCUGCAAACGAGCAAAGCAGCCGCUCUCAUUGCUUGUUGCGAGUGACAGUGAAGGGAGAGAAUCUGAUCAAUGGCCAGAGAACCAGAAGCCAUCUCUGGCUGGUGGACUUGGCUGGAAGUGAGCGAGUAGGUAAGGUAGAAGUUGAAGGAGAAAGGCUGAAAGAAUCUCAAUUCAUCAAUAAGUCGCUUUCAGCACUCGGUGAUGUUAUCUCCGCCCUUGCAUCCAAAACAAGCCACAUUCCUUACAGAAACUCAAAGCUCACUCAUAUGCUACAAAACUCUUUGGGUGGAGAUUGCAAGACGUUGAUGUUUGUUCAGAUUAGCCCGAGCUCCGCUGAUCAAGGAGAAACACUUUGCUCCUUAAACUUUGCAAGCAGAGUUCGCGGAAUCGAAAGUGGACCUGCCCGGAAACAGGCGGAUGUAUCUGAACUCCUCAAGCUAAAACAAAUGACGGAGAAGCUGAAACAGGAGGAAAAGGAAACGAAAAAGCUGCAGGAUAAUGUGCAGUCACUACAGCUACGUCUCACUGCUAGAGAACAUAUAUGCAAAGGACUUCAAGAUAAGGUUCGUGAUCUGGAAUUUCAACUAGCAGAGGAAAGGAAGACCAGAAUCAAGCAGGAGACACGAGCUCUAGCGACUGCAUCAUCAUCUAGACAACUACCGACAAUUACAGAGAAAAAGCCACCGUUGGCUCCCACAAGAUCAAUGAGAAUGCCACUCAGAAGAAUCACAAACUUCAUGCCGCAACAACCAUCACAGAUUCCUACAAAGAGAUUCUCAGACGCAACAAGCAAAGAGAAUAAUAAUAAUAAUAACAACGACAGCUUCAGAAGAAGAUCAUCAUCCGUGGAUAUCAACACACUAAUGAAACCAAGAAGAAGCUCCAUCGCAUUCAGACCAGCUCCUCCUCCACCAUCAGGUAAUAACAGUAAAACACUCCAGCCGAGAAGGAGAGUCUCUAUUGCGACGUUGAGACCAGAACCAUCAUCUUCUUACAUGAACAUGACCACUCCAUCACGUCCUGCGUUCCGUGGCGGUGGUGGUGACCCGAGAAGGGGGAGAUACUCUAAGCUCUUCUCUCCAGACCACAGUUUUGCGACUCCUAAUGCAAUGAAAGGUAGCAGAUUCAAGAAGAGCCCUCUUGGAGGAGGAGGGAGUACGGUGGUUGCGUUGCAGAAGAAGCCUGUGGUGUGGAGCCCGCUUAAGUUCAAGAACAGAAGACCAUCUUUCAUAGCGAUGCGAGCUUCUUCUUCUUCUUCUGCCACCGAUUUGGUUAGGAGGGAGCAGUAGUGAUCCUUUUUUAUUCGCUGUCUUUGUGAAAGUGUUUGUUUACAUUCUGGUUGUCUGUUAAAAUAGGGUUUCUGUUGUUUUUGUUAUUAAUCUUCAUUCGAUUUGUUAACUAUAUACCUCUAUUGAGAAACCUUGUGUUAUGGUUUUUAUAUACGGGAGAAUUUAA